AUGGCCUACUAUGAAAAAUGCAUUGAGACUGUGGUGAAGCAGCUCGACAAGUUUAAGCCUGAGAAGGACAAUCCUGAGCAAUUCCUGGAGACAGUGUUCACCUCCUUACAGCAGACUCUGACCCCCCAGAAGCUUGGGUUUGUUUUGGAGGUUCUGUCUGGCUGCCUUGAAUACCAGAAGCUACUGACCAUCGUGGUGGAUGCUUUCUACGCACGGGAUGGCCGGCUCUGCCUGUGGUCUGACUACAGCCUCUUUGAGGUGAUCUGCUACCUGGCCAUCUUCCAGCUGGAUGAGCUCGGCUUCCAGCUCUUUUGCAGCAUCAUCAAGUCCCAGCCUGUGGCUAAGGUUUGCAAGUUCCUCAGAUUCUUCUUUAACCCCUUCAACCUGUGCUCAUGGAUCAAAGACGAGUGGAGCCUCAUCUACGAAACGGACCAUGUGACAGAGAACUGGAUUGACCCUCUGAUGAGAUGGCAGCCAGAGAUCCAGGAGCUGAUCAAACAACUGGAGGGAGGGCCAUCCGAUCAUAUUCCUCUCUCGAAGACCAAGGCCAAACUCACAGUGCCCAAGGAAUUCAACCUGACUGUCCCAAGGCCCCGCGCCAUUACAAUGCCUGAGCCUGUCCCCACUAUCCCCAAGUCAAAACCUGUCCCUCAGAGUACCUAUCAGGAGCCCAAGGAGCAGAAGCUUCUGCAGAUGAUCAAGACACACAACCGCCGGACAGCUGAGGAGCUGCUGCUGAAAGCGAACAUGGAAGAGCUACGGUGUGCCAUGCCCCGGUUACAGAAGGAGCCACAAGCACAGGAAGUAGAGAAGAAGCUGUGGCAUCAGUCCGUACCCAGCAUACGCAGGACUCCAAAUCUGACCUUCUACAAGCCUAACAAGUUACCGGUCAAGCUGAACACAGCCACCAUCCUUCGAGAAGGGGCCUUAUACCAGCGGCAGGUGGAGAAGGAGCUGCAGAGAGUUGACAAACUUGUGGAUGGGGCUGGGGACUUUUCUGAGUUCUUUGAGUGGCAGAAGAAGAUGCAGGCAAAGGACCUGGAGGAGCAGCUGGCUGCAGGCGAGUGCCGGCGGCUGCAGGGAAAGCUGAGCCACGAGGAGGCCAUCUUGGCCCGGCAGAACCUCGUGCAGGAAAACAAGCAGAAGGCUGACAAGCAGAAGGAAGAGUCGGCCGAGCUAAUGCUGCAGCGUGCUGAGAGGCGCCUGCAAGAGGAGAAGGCCAUGAAAGAGCUGGUGGAGCAGGUCAUGGAGGCACAGAAGAAUGUCAAGAUAGUCCAGAUGAAGCUUGUGAAGGGCCGGCAGCAGAUAGUUCAGGAGGUGAUAGAGGAGAGCCGGGAGUUGCUACAGAAUAGCACAAAGGCAGCCAAAGAGGAGCAGAAGCGACGCUGUGAGCUCAUUGCUCAGCUGCGUGCACUGGAGACACAGCCCACACGCAAGGAGAAGCUGGUGGACCUUACCGAGAUCCCAGGAUAUGGUCUGGAAGGUGAGAUGUCUGUUGUGGAACUUCGAGAACGGCUGGCCCUGCUCAAAGAGUCCCAGAAACGAGAGCAAGAGGAGAAGCGGGAUCAAAUCAUCCAGAGCAAACGAGCCAAAAGCCAAAUGCUACAGAACACAGUGGAGCAAAUCUCACUGUGCCGUGCAGCCAUGGGCAGGACCGCAGCCUUGAGAAUCAUCAGUUCUGUGGCAAUGGCUUUCAUGUCCAUGACACGCAACUUCAUCAAUGUUGCAAGCACAACCUUUAUGCUGUAUGUGCUUCACCUAGUUAGCUAG